CCACCAUCAACAUCAUCAUCACUAUCGUCAAUCAUCAUUAUCAUCAUCAUCAUCAUCAUCACCACUACCACUGCUUUCAUCUUCGUAAUUUUCACGAAAGCAGUACUAUUUUGAAUCGCUCUUCUCUAUUGCGACUAGCGAUUAUUAAUUUAUUCGAUCCGCCAUCUGAACAACCUAUUUCUCAAUCACGCUGUUUGGAAGGAAUGGAAAAGCCGCCAACGAACGAGUGAGCGUUGUCGCACCACGCAUGCGCAUUGUUGCUUUGCACGGAAAACACGGUAAUGGGGAAAGUGGUCGAAAUAAAAAGGAGCAUUUGACUGAUCGGAGUUAAAGCUGGAAGGUGUGUGCCUGACUGUCUCGCGUCAAACAAAUAAUCAGACAAAAAGAAUCUCAAGCCGAUAGCCAGCCGAUCAUUAACCUUAGGGAAACACGUUUGGGAAAUUAUUCGCUUGAAGUGAGUUUCAGCAUUAUGGAUACGGCUUGGAAGUAGAUCCUGUUCGUGUUUUUAGGACAUUGCUUUUUGCUGACGGUAUCUCACAAGGUUGUCCGAUCCUUCACGAUUGAUAGAAUACCUCGUUCGUGGAGACAAAAUGGAAAGCUGGUGAGUGAUAAGCACAGCGGGAUUUUUUCUCGCCGGAGGUACCUUGUCAACCUGAAUUGUUGAAAUGAUUUCGCAUGUUCAAGCAUGUUACCUUUAUAAACAAUGACUUGCACACGCAUCGAUCUUUCACAGCGGACCGAAUUCGUCAGUUACGUUCUUUGAAUCAGAGCAAAACCAUGUCGAAGUGUUUUCAGUAAACUUUUACAAGAACAAACAAUUUGAAUAACUUUUGACACAUCCAAGGGAAUUUUUCUUUUUUGCAUUAGCUGAUCAUUAGUACUACUCAAGGAAGAGCAGAGUUAAAGAGGAGCAUUUUGAAUAUUCUAAGAACCGCAGAAGAGUUUUACCACCCUAAAACAUCUUUUACGACACCCAUCUUGCCGCAUCUUCCCUGCCAAUGUUGCCAGGUGAGUUUAUCGCGAGGCAAUAUGAAAUGACCACCAUCCAUGGUUUAGUUACCAUGGGGCGAGAUGCAAACCAAUCAUUCCGUACUUCGAUCUUAACGCAAUCGGCAAUGUCGCUUGCAGGAGUAGAGAUGACCGGGGCGAACACCAAGGAGUUUGACUAUGCAUCCGAAAACUCAUCAAACAAUGAAUCAGAGUUUAAUACGGGAGAAUUUAGAGGUCCACUUGACGGCCAGAGUUUACCUAGGACUGUCAUCGUAGGCUGUAUCCUCUGUUUCUGCUGCUCCCUUACGAUAUUCGGAAAUACACUUGUCAUUGCUGCUGUUUACAGAGAACGAAACCUUCGGACGGUAACAAAUUAUUUCAUAGUUUCUCUCGCCUUUGCUGAUUUGCUAGUCGGAAGCGUCGUCGUGCCGUUCGCCAUCAUUGACACCUUGACAGCCGGAUACUGGUUCUUUAAUGCAAUUUGGUGUGACCUAUGGCAUGCGUUUGAUGUUCUGGGUUGUACGGCAUCUAUUCUGAACCUUUGUAUCAUUUCUUUGGACCGCUACUGGGCUGUCACACACCCGAUGAGCUACCCAACCCGAGUUACCAAAAAGAUGGCAGGAUUCCUCAUUGUCCUGGUCUGGCUCGCUUCAGCUGCUAUCUCAUUCCCUUGCAUUCUGGUCUGGCGUGCCGUGGAGCCUCCGCAACCCCCGCAGAAGUGCAUUUUCCCGCAGAACCCUUGGUAUCUAGUGAUAUCCUCGUGUGUAUCUUUCUACCUCCCUAGUUUAAUUAUGAUGUUCACUUACUACAAGAUCUACAGGGCAGCUGUAACCCAAAUGCGCCACAUCCGGUCAGGAACUAAGCUUGUAUCCGCUAAAGCAGCUGAUAAAGCCCAUAUGAAUGGUGCAGUGUCCCUACGUAUACAUCGAGGAGGAGGCGGCAAGACAACCGGAAGUCCUCUGAGUAACCAACAUUCCAAUAAUAAUUUACACAAUGGACUACCGCCAGAAAUGAGGCCUCUUAACGUGCGACGGGACACCAAAAUCGCACUCACCCAAGCCGCUGGCCGCCGGCUUCUCUCUAGAAUGAACAAAGAACACAAAGCUGCUAAGACUCUGGGUAUAGUCGUCGGUGUCUUCAUCCUCUGCUGGUUGCCUUUCUUCAUCAUCAAUGUCAUGGCGCCAUUUUGUUUUGAGACCUGCAUCUUAGCCCCAGACCUUGUGAUACCCCUCGCUACAUGGCUUGGUUUCAUUAACAGUGCAUUAAACCCCGCAAUCUACGCGUUCACCAGCCGGAACUUCAAGAGAGCGUUUAAGCGAAUCCUAUGUCAAUGUUGCUUGCAGCAGAAAAAGAGGCAGUACAUCGAGGGCCAUUCUGUUAAAGACAGCACCCGUUUCAUGAGCAUUGAUUCAGUGUAUUCCAUGGGUGAUAUCGCUCUUCAGUAGAGCCACAACUAACCGAAGACUCUGCAUCCAAAACCUGACAACAAUCUUCAUUCAAUGAAUGUUCCAAAGAAUCGUGUACUUGGUGAAAGGAGUGUUAAUUUAAAUCAUGAAGAAUAUUGAUUAGGUCUCAUUAUCUGUACUCGUUGCUCAUUUACCCACCGAUAAUUGGCAUCUCUGAUGUGGGUCAUGGCUGGCUUACAGACAUUAGUGGUAAGGCUAAAUAAACAAUGGAGUAUUUAGAGAAUGUCAAUCUAGUCACGAGUAGAAAAUUGUAAAAUCAAGCUGUUCUAACAGGAGAAUCGAAAAAUCAAUUUAAAGCGAGGGUGAAAAACUAGAGUCCAUAAUUGAAAUUCAUCACACUUUCUCAAUGACAUUCAGGACCAAAACGUCACACAUUCCCUUACAAAAAUCUGCCUUAUCGGAGAAGAACUUGAGAUGACCUUUUUCCUAAUAUCCAUACCUUUAUUUAGUACAUUCUUCUCUUUGGACGGUGAUUGUAGUAAUGAAUUCUAAAUUUCGUUUUCUUUUUGCUCCCUUUUAUAUAAAAACGUCGCCAAAUUGUUACAUUUUUGUUUUCGUAAAUCGCAGUUAUCAAUCGUAAAAUUAAUUUUGCUCGAUAAUUCAUCUUUUAAACAGAAAUCAAAUAGUUCAUUCAAAGGUCCAUUUGUAUUUCUGAAUAUCUGAAAAUAGUUUGUGUAAGUUGUGAAACGAAACGACGCUUCAAGCUUAAUAUAUCUGGCAAUCCUCCACCGCGGUUCCUAAUAGUGGUUUUUAUCUAUAUUUGUCAUGUGCACACUUUUCCAUAAUUUUCUAAGAUCUGUGUAGUCGAGCCUUGAAUAACAUGAAAAUCACCGCUUACAUGUCAUUUUCUGUGAAAAUGACAGAGUGAAAAGAGUUGGUUCAUUGGCUUAGAUUGGAGCGUGCAUCAUGUUCAUAUCUAUCUAAGUUAGAUGUAAACAUACUACUUCGCAAGAUUAGACAAGUAAUGGAGCCCAUUAUUUAUUGAUUGUCCUUGAGUUAUCCGUAUAUGUACAUGUGUUACGUAUGAACGCACCGUUUUUUUUUACGAUUUACGUUGGAUCCUCAAAUACACCUAAGGUCGUACUAAAGUUACACUUAUCUGUAUAAGAUGUGAACGUACUGCUUCAUAUGCCUUUAUUUGCAAUCAAUUCCAAUUGCAUGGAUUGUCAAACUUAAGUUGCCCUUACUUUGUCAUUAUUUGGAAGUACUGUUUCAAUAGUUGUAGUCAUGGAACCUCAGGUACACUGUACUUAUACUUAUCUGUAUAAGAUAUGAACAUACUUGCCUUUUAUGCUUAACAGUCUCGCAGAAUUUUGAGUUAUGUUUUAAUAGCUGUGAUUUAUCAAGAAACAUCAAUUAGAUUUACUGUCACAACUCACCAUUAUCUGGGUUAAAUAUAUAGUUUUACUGCUUCCUGUGCGUCUAAUGGACCCAUUUUAUAUAACUUUUAUCUUAAAAAAAAUGUUAUCAACCAAGCACAUGCCACUCUUGUUGGUAACUGAUUGCAGUUAAUGCCACUUUGAUGAGGAUGCACUUUAUGCAUGUAAUCAGGAUGAAUUCAUUUGAUUUUGUCACUAAAUGGAGAGAAACAAAUUCUGCAAUAAACGUCUUUGAAAUUUGAAAUUACAAUACUUAAAAACUUCUUUCCUUAAUUACCUUUAAAACUGCGCGUUUAUCAAGUGCUACUACUCAUUCAUAUCCAUAUUGCUUGUGGCCUAUAAUCCGUUAGUGUAUGUGUUAGUAACAUACCUUGAUUUACCACCUGGAUGUUUAUGUUUGAAUAUUACAACACCGUUUGAAGUCAACAGUUGUUUUGGCCGUUUGGUUAUGCAAUAUUUAAUUGUACCCGGAUAAUAGCACACAAUUCAUUAAAUAUGCAAUCUAAUGCCCGGUGACACAAUGCAUUACGAUUGGUCGCAUGGCUCAAGCUUACGCUUGAUUGCAUUGGUAAUUAUGUGCAAUCGAUCGUAGAAAUGAGCUUUACGAUCAAAUACUUAGCCCUGUGCUACAGUGUACUGGGUGUAUUGCAACCAUAACGGCGUCUUAGAUGUGAUUUAAAUUACUUAACGUACAUAAUAUAGCACGUGUAUACUGUAUAAGGGCCCAUGUUUUAUUAAAUUAUCUUCACUAAUCAGUUGCUAAUUAAUGGCAAAGGGUAUUCUCAUUACUUUACCGGUUAUCUUGGGUAAUUAACAUCACAAGUGCUUUCUUUAAUAGGGAUAUGGGUCUCUCUCACACACACAAUGAUCACAUGUAAUUUUUUUUCUUGGCCUCUCUCCCUCUCUCUCUCUGUCAC